AUGCCUCGUGCUCCAGUUGCUGGCCGCGAGAUCCGACGGAGGAGCAGGAAUGGCUGCUGGAACUGCAAGGCCCGCAAGGUCAAGUGCUGCGAGAUGAAGCCUCGCUGUAGCAAUUGCACCCGCCUGGGAGAAGAAUGCGACUACAAAAUCCGUCUGUCGUGGGGUGGUCGACCGCUCAAGAAGAAGCUGCUGGAGCAAGGUGCCCAGUUGGACGACGCCAGCCAGAACAUCCCUGGUGCCGGCCAGUUCAGCCUCAACACAAACUACAACCAACCACAGUUCCCGUCGCCGGCCCAGUUCGAGCUUGCUACCCACAGCUCGACUAGGACCUCACCGACGCUUUCUUCUUGCACCACAAAGUCCUCCUCCAGCCGGAAAAGCACCUCUUCACAGGCGGGAUUGGCUACAUACCAGAACGUAUUUUCAGUAUGUGAGGCCUCGCCCCCAACAUCCCUGGUCAAUUCAUCCAUCCCGGCCCCUCUUCACCUCGCCAGCUCUUCUUCCCCACCACGAAACUAUCAGCACCUUCAUCCUUACUUGUGGACCCUGGAUGGAAUCCCGGAGCGUCCCCCACUCACCCCUUCUACUGCUUCGACGGCGGACAGUGAUUUGAGCUAUAUGUCUGAAGAGAGCAUGUUCUCCUCUUCAUCCGGAUAUGACUUCUAUCAGAUGUCCUCGCCAACUCCUAGCCUUACCCACUUGACCAUCGGAAGCCCUACUGGUUCCCACAGUAUUCCACCAAGUCCUCAUGGCAGCUUUACUGAUCUCGGAGCUUUCCGUCGCCAGCGAUCCAUCUCUAUUACUUCUAAUACUUCUUCUCCUCCUCAUCCAUCUGAGCUUACCUACAGCAAUGGUUUGGCUACUACAGUCCCAAGUCUCUCGUCUUCUGUUCCAACCACUGCUGGUCUCUCUUCUCAACUCUACUACGCUAGCCCAGUCACUCCACCGACUCUUGGCAGCAACCAGGACACCAUCAGAGGAAAUCCAUACAUCUCCUCUGACAAGUCCCACAGAAGAUCAGUCGAGAACUUCGCCCAGGAGUAUCCAAGCUUCGCUAGCCAAUCAUACAGCGCUCAACACAGCCAUAACUCCCCUCCAUUCACUGUUGGGAUCGUUGAUGCCGAAGCCGAUGCAGUUGAGGAGCUGCACAGUGCUACACUAGACGCGAAGGAUGGUUAUGCAACCAUUAAGGGUCACCCAGCCUACUUGCACCUGCCAAAGGAGCUUAACUCGCUCCCACAGGCUAUCGCUGGCAACCCCCAGAGCACAGUAUACUUCCAGCAUUUCCUUUCGGAAACUGCUCCCUUACUGGUGCCUCAUGAUUGCAAUGGCAACCCCUUCAAGUCUGUCCUACCUCAAAUGGCCAUGAACCAUGAUGGCCUCUUAAAUUUGCUACUAGCAUACUCUGCAAGUCACAAAGCUCGUCAGGCAAAACAGCCGGAGCCUUUGGAACUUGUUAGUGGAUUUUUAGAUCACGCUUAUCGACAUUUACAUCAGAGCUUGGACGACGAAAAGGAGCAAAACUCGAAUGCAACUCUCGCCACCGCAAUCAUGCUCUGUUCUUAUGAAAUCAUUUCGCCAAAUCCCUUUGCUGAGGGCAUAACUUGGCAAGUGCAUCUCGAAGCGGCGCGGAAAAUUAUUCUCGCCCGUGGAGGUGCCAAAGAAAUGCGUUCGCGGGAUCCGAUUUCUUUCUUUUUGUCUCGUUGGUUUGCAUAUCUUGACAUUUUGGGGUGUUUUUCGGGAAAUAACAACAACAAAAACAACACAAUCCCUCUAUUCGCGGGACAAUAUUGGACAGUCGAUGAAGAAGAACUCGGAAUGAUGGCCGACUUUUCUGUCGACUGCUUCUUCGGGUUUACGAAUCGCUUCAUCGGCCUACUCACUCGAGUAGGUGAACUGAUGCGGCAAGCGGAUGGAGAGAGGCGGCACUUCAUUGAAGGUAUGCGGGGCAUGGGUUACACAACUCAUGGCUCGGAAUGGGUACCAGAAGGCCAAAUCUACCAUGACGCUCUUCGAGUUCGGGAACAACUUGAAGAAUCUCGACGUCACUCCCUCGGCACUUGCAAACACACGCAACAGACUUGGGCAUCAUCCGAGGAAGCGGGAGCAUUCGACGAUGAUCGGAUACUUCCCGAGGAUGAUAGCAGCAAGGAAUUGCUUGCUUCAAAUGAUGCCUUUCACUGGGCUGCUCAAAUUCAUCUCUUCCGCAGGGUUUUCAAUUACAAAAGAGAUCACCUAUGCAUUCGAGAUGCCAUCAAGCGCAUCAUUGAGGCUAUGCAAGUGAUCCCUGAGAAGAGUAACGUGGGAAAUGCCGUGCUAUUUCCACUCUUCACUGCAGGGUGCGAAAGCACCACCGCAGAAGACCGGGAGUACAUACUACAGCGUCUUCUAGGGAUCGAGAAUAGUGGGAUGAAUCAGUUUCAACGGGCGAGAAUUCUCAUGCAAAAGGUUUGGGAGACUGGGUCUAGCUGGGAAUCUCUCAUCAACGGCGAGUUCAUUGGCUAG